AUGACAUCUGCCCACAUCCGCCUCACACAUUGGCUCAAGCUCAGGCUCCAGGACAAAAUCUCCGAAGACGUUCAACUCAAGUACGCGGUUAAUAGAGACGAGGUCACCACAUAUCUUGCCCUGCAGAGAGUAAGUGAAUGGCACCCUCUCCUCAGCCGCGCAAACACUCCUUGGUUUGUAUACGAUGACCACCUUCUUGCCGCGAUCAAGGAAUGUCCCUGGGAUCUCGAUAACCAGCAGAUUGCGAUCCUCAUCGGGCGGACCGCUGAAGAGAUCGAGGAUCGGUUAAACCAUUAUGAGAUGAUCACAGCGAGAGAGGCCGCCAAAUUGGCCUGGUGGCCGAUGCGGAAACACGCCUGGAUGGCCAAGAUUGCCGAGAGGGAGCUGGCCCAGCUCAAGCAUACGUUUGCGCUGCAUCUUUGGAGCUCGCAUCUUAAAGGUUGCCCGACCGGCUACGUGAUUCCUUCCUGGGCUGAUACUGAAGAGGCGGUGCUGGAGUGCGCGGGGAUAUAUCUGCAUAAUAAAAGGUCAUUCUACAGAGCCAUCUGA